UUGAUACCGUUGUCACCGUAAUGAUUUCCAAGUAUAAAAACACUCGGGAGGAGGGCGUUCCAUCACCGAACACUUGAAACAUUUUUCGGCCAUGGCCUGCAUUAAGAAAUGAGAUGAAAAGUCAUCAAACUGACAAAGAAACAGAAGAAAGACGAAGAAACCCUCAAAAAGAGAAUAGUUUUGCAGCUAUGGCAGUCACUUCAAGUCCUGCUGAUUCGAAUGGAAUAGACGUUUUAGAGAAGAGUCAGGCAAAGUGUCCGGGAGUUCGUGUUGUUGGAGGGAGGAUCUAUGAUUCUCAAAACGGGAAGACCUGCCAUCAAUGCCGACAAAAAACAAUGGAUUUCAUUGCCGCAUGUACUGCUCAGAAAGGAAAUAAACUAUGUACUCUCAAGUUCUGCCACAAAUGCCUAUUGAACAGAUACGGAGAGAAAGCAGAAGAGGUAGCUUUGUUGGAUGACUGGCAGUGUCCCAAGUGUAGGGGCAUUUGCAACUGUAGCUUCUGCAUGAAGAGACGAGGUCACAAGCCCACUGGCAUACUUGUUCGCACAGCCAAGGAAAAUGGGUUCUCCUCUGUCUCAGAACUGCUGCAGGUUAAAGGUCCUGAAAAUUUGAGCCACUACAAGGAUGUAAAAGACAACAAUGUUUCACCGAAGAAGAGUGCAUUGUCAGAGGAGGAGUCUGCAGUUACUUCGCCACGGAAAUCAGGGAAUGAAGAUUCUUUUGAAGAAAACAUUGAUAUGAAUUUGCAUUCUCAGAAUUUAACACCCAUCUCUUUUGGGAAGAAAUCUAAGAAAACAAAAAGGAAAGGACAAGAGGAAGUCAGUGAUGGCAACAUGGAUGCUGAAACUAGGUUAGAAGAGAGUGGUCAGAAGAAAUCGAAAAAGGAAAGGACCAAGGAAGUUAGUAAUGGUGGUAGGAAUGGUGAAGCUAGUUCAAAGGCUAGAAUUACUGCAGAGGUUUCUGAAAACAAAGCGAAGACCAAUGAAAAGGAUAAAUGUGAUGUUGUCAAGGACAAGAAUGAAGAUGCUUUUGUGGAGAGGAGGUCUAAGACACAGCUUCAAGAGUUUUCCAAGAAUGAAGUUUUAAUCGGUACAAAUUAUUAUGGUGGUAUAGUUUGUGGUGUUAGAAAUGAUAAAAUUCGAACUGAGACCAAGAAGGAUGGAGACUCGUGCAAAGUUAACAAGUUUCCUUCAGAAUUUCAAACCAAAUCCAAGACAGCCAAAGAGAGGCGGCUUACCACAGAAAUUCAGAACAAAGAAAUUGACGUGGACAUUAAGUUACCUCAGGGAACCUGCUUAAUGGCUGUAGCAGGCUUUGAGUUGCCUCCUGACGAUGUCGGUAAUGCAUUGCAAUUCUUGGAGUUUUGUGCUAGUUUUGGUAAGGUUCUUGGUCUGAAGAAAGGGCAAGCUGAUACUAUACUUGGAGAAAUUGUAAAUGGUCAUAGAGAGCGUCGGUCGCAAUCCUAUCACCUAGCCCAGAUUCAUGUUCAGUUACUAUCAGUGAUACAAAAGGAUAUAGGAGAAGAAUCUCCCACCCUAACUGCAACAAAUGACAACUCAUGGUUUAAAGCUCUCGGGAAAUGUGUCUCGAAAUGCCUUUUCAUAUCGAAAGAAAUUCUCUCUGGUGGUUUUGACCUGGACAAUGACGGAUAUGAUAACUUAAAGAGCUCUGAAAAGCUUAGACUCUUGAAUUUUCUAUGUGAUGAAGCUCUUAAUACCAGAGAGUUGAGGAGUUGGAUUGAUGAUGAAAACUCCAAAUUUCUUGAAAGAAAGAAGGGAGCCAAAGAAAAAGUUUAUGCAGCAAAGGAAAAGGAAAAAAACUUGAAAAAGAAGAUGCAAGAUGAGGUGGCCAAAGCUAUUAUUGAGAAAAACGGUGCUCCCAAUUCUGUUUCUAAUCAUAAAGAACUAGUCUCACAAAUAAAAAGUGAAGCCGCACAAGCUCAUGCAGAAAUGCUUGAGGCCAUGGGCAUGGCACAAAAGAAGAGACUAUCCAAUGCUGUCAGAACAGACCCUGUCCUUCUGGAUGUUGAUGGCCGUGCUUUCUGGAAACUAAAUGGUCACGAUGGUCAAUCAGCUAUUUUGCUUCAAGAUAUGGGUGCAUGGAAUUCUGUUGCACCCAGUGAAAAAUGGGUAGCAUAUGCUGAUGAACAGAAAAUGGACAUUGAGAAAUACAUCUCUUUCUCGAGGACAAAAUUGCGUAGGGUUCAACAAAAAGCUACUGAAACCCCUUCAAUUGAAAUUGAUACUGAAACCUCUUCAAUUGAUAUUUGAUGAAACAAAGUCGGAAUGAUUUUCUGAUGUCCAUCGUUUGACAAAAAAAAAAUUGAGAUCAAGUGGAAAAUACAGAGGUUCGGUUGCUCCAUGGUCAAUGGCAUCUGAAGUUAUUGACCACUUCUUUUUUACAUUUGUUGCAUGCUCGAGAUAAAGAUGAAAGAUCAUUCUUUUAGAGGAAAAAUUGCUGCUGUAUGUGAUCCUCCUUGUAAAGGUUAUUUCCUUCUGUA